AGAUGGAGAGAAAGCGAGGGGAAAGGAGGGGAGGGGGAUCCUUUCAGUGAAAGAGACAGAAAUAGUGGAGAGAGGGAGAGGAGGGGAUUGAGAGACACAGAGGUGGGGGUAGUCACAGAGAGAAUGAGUGAGCGUGUGUGUGUGUGUGUGUGUAUGGGAGAACAAGUAGUGCUGCAGUGGAAACAGUGCGAAGAGGACUGCAGUUUCUGGUGCUGAUGGGAGAGCGGUCGAGGGACAUUAUUAAGGCAUUGUAACAUUUACCCUAAGUGCCUCUUUGGUGAAUGGGUUUGCCUGUUGUGGAGAACAGGAUUACGGAAUUACGGUAGUGCUGGGACUGUGCGUGCAGCCUAAAUGACGAAGUUCAACUUGUUCAGGCAUCAGACAACUCCCAUGGUCGCUGCUAAGCCAACAGGGGCCAGUGCCUUGACUGUGACUCCAGCCCCUGUCGCAUUAGUCUCUGCUGACAACUCCACCGAACCGGUCGACAAGAACGAUGCCUUUGAUGAGAUCAAGAACAAGUUCCUAAAUGAAAUCGACAAGAUCCCACUGCCAUCGUGGGCCAUCAUUGCCAUUGCCGUGGUCGCUGCUUUACUCAUUCUAACAUGCUGCUUCUGCAUCAUCAAGAAAUGCUGUUGCAAGAAGAAGAAGAACAAGAAGGGCAAGAAGGGGAAGGGUGACAUGGGAAUGAAGAACCUGAAAGGCGGAGAGAAACCACAGGAUGAUGAUGAUGAAGAAGAUGAUGUCGAACCUGGACUGACCGGGGACGAGAAGGAGGAAGAAGUGAAGGAGAAAGAAAAGCUUGGGAAGCUGCAGUACUCCAUUGAUUACGACUUCCAGGAAAAUAAGCUGACUGUUGGUAUCCUGCAAGCAGCUGAUCUCCUCUCCAUGGACAGCGGUGGCACCUCUGACCCAUACGUCAAGGUCUUCGUCCUCCCUGACAAGAAGAAGAAGUUUGACACAAAGGUUCACAAGAAAACGCUCAAUCCUGUCUUCAAUGAGACCUUCACCUUCAAGAUUCCAUUCCAAGAGAUGGGAGGGAAGACUCUGGUCAUGUCCGUCUAUGACUUUGAUCGCUUCUCGAAACAUGAUGUCAUUGGAGAGAUUAAAAUACCCAUGAACACCCUUGACCUGGCUAAGCCAAUUGAGGAGUGGAGAGACCUGGACAGUGCAGAUCAAGAAGAGCCAGAGAAGCUGGGUGACAUUUGCAUCUCCCUGCGUUAUGUCCCCACUGCUGGAAAACUCACCAUCUGUAUUCUGGAGGCUAAAAACCUGAAGAAAAUGGACGUGGGUGGACUGUCAGAUCCCUAUGUGAAAAUUAACCUGCUGCAGAAUGGAAAGAGGCUGAAGAAGAAGAAAACGACAGUGAAGAAGAACACUUUGAAUCCAUACUACAAUGAGUCCUUCAGCUUUGAGAUUCCUCUGGAGCAAAUGCAGAAAAUCCAAGCUGUGAUCACAGUGCUGGAUUAUGACAAGAUUGGCAAGAACGAUGCCAUUGGGAAGAUCUGGGUGGGAAGCAAGGCCACAGGGGCCGGGCUGAAACACUGGUCCGACAUGCUGGCCAACCCCCGUCGUCCCAUCGCCCAGUGGCAUCCACUGCAGCCAGAGGAGGAGGUGGAUGCCUCCCUCGCAGCCCUGACUGCCAAGAAGUAAAACUCCCACCAGAACACAUCGUCCCCACCUUCUACCUACCUAUACCUACCCAUGCAUUUCCCAUUAUUUCCCCAGGUCCCACAUGUCAGUGUAUAUUCCAGAGGAACACCCCGACUGUUCAUCCACUCCCCCACCCCACCCACACACUCCCGUCCCUCUCCCACCGCCACCUUUCACAAGAUCCAUAAGAUUCCAUUCGACAUGAUGGGAAAUAUAGUUUAAAAAAAACAUCAUGUUAUAUUAAAUCGUGUCAUUGAAAAAAGAAGACAAGUUACAGGAUGGACAGAGACUCCGUUGAUUUCCUUUAGAUCUAUUUUUGUAUUGGGGUUGUGGUUCCAUUAAUAAGAAUACAGAGUAGACUAUGAAGAACAGUAAGAGUGCUAUAUGGGAAUCUGGUGAUAGAGGGGAUAAAACAUACAUUCACUCAUAUUGUACUUCUCACCCCUUCCCUUUAGUGACACAAUUUGCUUAGAAUAGUGCUUAAUAAUAAAAAUGCUUUAUACUGCCAUAAGAUAGAGAAAUAACACAAGCAGGUCCAUUCCUUAGGUGUGUCGUGCACCAUGUUCUACACCUGCCAGUUAUCAUACUAGAUGAUUCUGUUAGUUUGAAUUACAUUCCUAGAGUUGGGUACCAAGUAGGGAUAGGCACAUAUCCAGUUACCCACAAACACACUGCCUUUUUUGAUUAGUUAACCUUCCACCCUUCGUCUCAGGAAAACUGAGAGGAAAACUGAAACUCCAUGCCUUUUUUUCUAAACGGGUUGUAAUUAUUCAAACACUCCACUCGACCAGAAAAAAAUGUUGGAUUCGAAAGCUCAACCGCUUGUUUUUUCUGGUGACGUAAGGCUCGCGACUAGUGUUAGUUUAUCCAUGAAAUGGUAUGUCAGGGGAGAGGGAGGGAGUGAUGGAUUUUAGUAUUUGUGUAUUUUCGACUGUGCAAAAAGACUUAGAGGAGGAGGAAAAGCGAGGAAAUAUCAGAGCGGGUACAACAGAGACCGGUUCCAACCACCAAUGACAUGAUAUUUACAAGGUGUCGAUUACUGCCUGCAGUCUACCACCUCCCCUCCCAAUGCCUCUGAUUCUUUAUCUCACUUGUUCAGUGCUACUGCCAUUAGUCAUGGACUUGACACAAGGGUUUUACUUCAAAGGAAUCCCUAUAACCGUCUUACAGUCAUAAAGGAGACAAGCCUUCCAAGUAACAAAAUAAGCAAUUUUCAACUACCAGGGACGCCUUCCAGUUAGCGGUGUUGUUCUCUUCAUUUCUUACUUUCUUUCUUCUUUUUUUCUAUCUCUUUCUCCUUUUAUUUAAUCCAGUUGUAUUUUAUUUGAUUUAACUUCAAACACUUUUAUUCCUCAAGCACUUUAACUCCAAAUGUUGCGUUUAAGUACCCUCAAAAACCAGAGCUUUAAUUAUUUAUGUUAAGAAUAACUGCUGGUUUAAAAAACAAAAAAAAUAGAGCAAAGGAGUGUGUUAUAUUAGCAGUUUUUUUGUUGUUGUUUUGCCUCAGCUUGUUUGGAUUGUUUGGAUAUUACGUUUCUCACUUGAUUGCAACGAUAUGGUCUGGAAGAAGGCACUGAUCCAUGUGUAUUUUAUACACAGCUUACCAAACUGUUGAAUUUAAUUGCACUACUGGGUAUUAUUCUGUUCUGUGAUUUGUGUAUUUUUUUUCUUGUGAUAAAAUGUUGUGAGAUUGGAUUUUUUCUGUGGCACACAUGGCACACCAGACAGGUUUCCUCCAUUUAAACGGACUCCUCUGAUAAGAAAAGAGACACAUUUUGAUCUAAUCCUGCUCCCUGGCUCUUUCAGAGAAUGUAAUCGGCUCAGUGUAUUUGUGAAUUAAUAUUCUGAUGAAGGGAAAUUUUGAGGAUGAACUUUGUCUUGUGACAAAAUCCAAACUGUUGUUUGACCAAAACUCAUCAGCCCUCGAAUAAAUUGGUGAAAGCUUAAUUGUUAAUUGAAAUCCUGAUAUUAGCCAGGUGCUUAGUCUAGCUAAUUAAAAUGAGCGCAGCAAAAACUCAACAUUUUAAACAGUACCGCAAUUUUUUCUGGAGUUUAAUGAAUGUUGGCUCUUGAAUCUCUCUCUCUGUUGGCAAUUGUAACUCUUUAUGUUUUUAUAACCAACAUAGACCAUGUUCAAAUUUCUGUUUUUCACCUCACAUAAAUCUUUUUUCUUCUGUUAACGAAGCAACACUAAAGAAAAGGCAACAUGGAAGCAAUCAAGCAACCCAUUGGUGUGUAGUUUUGCCUAUAUACAUAGUUCAUACACGUUGAUACUGCAUGUUUAUACAAAAUACUGUACAUAAGAGCAUGUUUUAGAGACGAAGCAAAAAUAUCUCGUGUACGUAAAUGGGUGUCAUUUGUCGUUUUAAUAACACGACGAAGGGGGAAAAAAAAGAUGCACUGUAUAUUUUCUAAAUGAAACAAAUGUGUAUUUAUUUUCCAUGAGGGUCACUGGAGAGAAUGUCAUACAAAUAUUAGAGUACUAUUACUAAUAAGAACCUUUCCACGCCUGAAAUUCUUAAGCAAGUGUGUCGUCCAGUACUGUGUGUGAGUUCAUGUAGGAUGAAAAUGUAGCCGCAUGCUUGCUAUCUAAUUCCUUGUGAUCAGAAGUUUGAUUUGACGCCAUUUAUCUGCCAUACAUUUUGUUCCAGCACUUAUCUGAUGGCCAAUGUUGAUGAUUUAUUUCUGAAUUGUAUUGCUAUUGCUUUUUUUUUUUUUUUUUUAAAUAUGAUUUAGAUUUUUUAAUGUUUGGAAUGGGGGGGGGGUCUCCAAGUCUAUAAGAUGACUAUUUUCUAACAGCAGAUUUGGCAGGGUGUGUUUCUGAAAUAACUAAUUAGAAGAAUAUUGAAUAAUUCAGUGAUCUGUAGGUGGAUUGUAGGAGUCGUUAUUUGUGCCAGUACUGACCCAGAAUGAAGUCUGUUGGAUCAUAUCUUUAUAUAAAAUCCAUUUCCAGGGGCCAAAAGAUGAAUAAUCCCAUUCCAGUGAACACAAAUGACUUGGAAUCCCUUCUUUCUUUUUACUUGGAAGUUUUUUAUUUUUCACUUCUAUUUAAAUGACCUGAAACCCUUCAUGGCUGUGUCUCUUUUACUGUGUUUAUUAUACAAUAACGUGUACAUGUAUACAAGAUAAAUGAAUAAGAUAAAACUAAAGCCAUAAAACUCAAGCACUAACUCUUUAGAGCUCAGCUGAGUAGCUAGAGUUUAUUUAUGAAGAAAAAAAAAUAUGACGUCUUCAUUUUCCUUGGCCAGUGUUUCUCUUUUACAUUCCGUUCAGAGGUCUUUGUUCAUCAAGAGGGCAAAAUCCAUUUUACUGUAUAUGUGAGCAUUGGGAACAGUUGUGAGUUUAGUAGAGUGAGUGUGUCUUUUUCUACUUUCAGAGCUGUUGAUGUCCUUGUUUCAUAGAGGUAGCUGAUUUUACAGUAUUGUGAUUAGUAAUGUAUAUGCCUUGUUUUGAUAGCAUAAAUAAUAGAUAAUAAUAUCACAGUAGGUUCUCAAUAAUACUGCUAAAAUUAUAUAUAUGUGAGAGUGUGUUCUAUUCCUGGGCUGAGUGCAAUUUUUGAACCAAACUGGGUCACUCUUCAAGUUUCUCUUCUUCCAGUUUAGCAGCAGAAUGUACUAGAGAACUAUAUGUACAAUCAAUAACACACUGCUGGCGAUCGGAAGCUCAUGCUGAUGGAUUUUGUUGGUCCGUUUAGCAAACCUCUCAAGCAGCAAAACAAUAUAGUUAGAGCUCCAACAAUAUUAGAGCGACAAGAGAGAAACUUAAAACAGUGGCACCCAAGUUUUAGGUCUGAAUCCCUCCCAUAGAACUAUGCAUAAAGUUAUGAUUUUCAAAAGAACAUAGUAAAAAAUAAUUAUAUGAAAAUAUAGAUGUCAUGUCAUGUGCAUGACAUGGAAGUAAAGGAAUAGUUCCAAAAUUUUGAGAAAUGUGCUUUCUUUUAAAGAGUUCGAUGAGAGGAUCACUACCACUCUCAUAUGCUAAUAUGUAACUGCAGCCAGGACACGGUUACCUUAGGUUAGAUUAGCUUAGCAUAAACCCUGGAAACAGGGGGAAACAGCCGAAGCAGCUGUUUUUUCCAUCUUUUUCCAGUCUGUGUGCUAAGUUAAGUUAACUGUGUCCAGGCUCCAGCUUCACACUUAAAGGACAGCUAAGAGAGUGGUAUCAAUCUUCUUACUGAACUCAACAAGAAAGUAAAUAAACAUAUUUCCCAAAUUUUCAAACUAUUCUUUUAAGUUCUUUUCUCUUAAACUGCCAUCUAUCUAUCCCGGCAACAAUCCUCAGUGUGUUGUGAGACGCUGCACAUUAUCUAAUGCAAUAUUAUAUUUAUUCACUGUCCCAUUAAUGCAACUGACUGUGACCAAAUGAUGCACUGAGAGCAAUUCAAAUACUAGACUUCAGUGUGUUUCAGAUAUACUGCCACUACCUGACUGCAGUUGCCUGUAUUCGUCACCACUGUUUGAACCCAUAGGCAAACAGAACACAUCAGAUGAUGAGGCAAAUGUUAUUACAGGUAAAUUUAUAGCACACUUAUUUAUUAUAGAUUUAUUUUUCCUUUUAUUUCCUUUCACCACAGCCACAUGACCACUGAACAUCUAAGUUCUAUGGGGGACAGAGACUGGGAGCUGUGUGUGUGUGAGUGUGUGUGUGCUUAAAUCAGUUUAAAGUGUUGGCCCUUUAGCAGACAUGGUGCAAAAACACAGCACUGGAAUAUAUAAUUACAAUAUACAGUACAGGUCUGCAUGCGUUGGACACAUUACUCAUUCUUAAAUGUACAUCUUCAUGUGUAUGACUGUAAUACUCAAACAAUCUUAGUUCUAUUUUAAAUACGGGGUUUAUCUGUUCUGUUGAUGUGAUGAUGCUGUGUAGAUGUACAAUACCUUAUGCACAAUUGCAUCUGAAACUGCGUGCUGUUUCAGCUCUGCAGAGACAGUUUUAGAGCACCGUUCACACAGCUAGUUGUGUGUAUGUGUGUGUGUGUGUGUGUGUGUGUGUGUUUUUUUUUUUUUUAAACAAACACUGGGAUUUAAAAAGGGAAACCAUCCAACAUUCAGUAGAUCAUUUCCCACCUUGUCAAAAUAUGCUGGGAAGCCUCUCGGCAGGUGAAGACACCACUUUGAAACAUGUUGUCUUGUCUCCUCUAGUACUCGCUGUAUUUCUUCUUUGUAUUCUUGUGCACAUGUGUAAUCACUCCUUCUGUCUCUUUUGUUUCCUCGUGAUGUAUAUUUCUAAUGUAGAAUGUAGGACUGUAUUUGAAUCAAUGCCAGAGAUAUGUCACCACACUCUUUCACAUUCGCUUUUUGUUUUGCGUCUUUGUCCCGUUAACGUGUUACCAGCUAUGUACCAUCAGUAUCGUUAUGCUGAAUAGGAAGCGGGCUCGUUGAGUUCUCCACUGAAUCUGCUUUUGCUGAGCGUAAAGAAUGCCGGCCUUCAUGUUUACAACAUGGACAUACUGUAUACUGCCAAACAUGCAGGACCGUACCAAACUCCCCUCUUGAGUGCUUAGUCCUCCACCUCAUCCCUGAUGCAACUGUAUUUUCAAGACUCUCUUUAUUUUUUUUCUCACUUCUUUCUCUUCUUCAUCAUCUUUUAAAGCAUCGGAGGGCAGCCAGGUUGUGUCCUCUAGCUGUGUUUCUUCGUGUCUAGUGUCGUGGUGCGCGUGUUCAUGUCAGUACUUGUGCCUACUGUGGAUCGCAUGCUUUAGCCCUUGACUGGACACAAACGUUGCUCACAAACUCCUCUUGACCCUUAUGUGGACAAACGUUGGGGAUCCUUAUAAAGUUAUCAAGGGAACCAAAUAACUUAUUACAAAUUUAUCAUAUGUGUUACCAGUUCUGUAAAAAAAACAAAUAGGAAAUAAAGGCCUUUUAAUUACCAUGA